AUGGCAACAUGGUGCGCGCCCAUUAAUGGCCGGAGUGAAGGGGGCUUAAGGUCUGCUGCAACAAGAACGCGGUUCGGGUUGGAGAGUGGACAGGGUGUCGGUGGUAGUAGCAGCGCACAUGGUGGCGGUGAUGGAGGCCCCAUUGCAAGGGUUGGGAUGCCAUAUUCUAGCGGACAGCGCCAUGGGGAGAACGAGCUGGGAGGCACUGGCAUCGGCGGUUUGGCUCCCGGCGGCGUUGGGUUGGGAACGCAGGAGAGUACGGCUGGAGUCGUAGGGGGCGCAGACACCGGACAGGGGGCUGGUGAAAUGUUUGGAGGGUUAGGGGCACGACAUGAGUAUGGAGUGGGAGGGGGAGGGGGUGGAACAGGGAUGAGACGUGCGGGCUGUGGGACGGGAUCUGCAGGAGUUAUGGGAGGUGUUGGCAUGUGUGUGGGGACUGCAGCAGGAAUGGGGGGCUUUGGCCUGGGUAUGGGUGCUCUAGCGGGAUCUGGUGGGCUGGGCAUGGGUGUGGGUGUUGGCCGUGGGUUGGGAUCUGGAGCAGGAGUUGGAGGGGUGGGCAUGGGAGCGGGGACUGCAGAAGGCAUGGGUGGCUUUGGCCAGAGUAUGGGAUCCGGAGCCGCAUUCGGAGGACUGGGCAUGGGUGUGGGCAUGGGGUCAUGGUUCACUACAGGCAUAUGGAGUGGCUUUCGUUAUGGCAGCGUGGGCAUGGGUCUUGGAAGCGGGGGACGCGACCGCGAUGAGUGUGUAGGUGCCAGGGUGGGUGUCGGUGCUGGGAGUACGGGACCUGCUAGAUGGUUUGCCGGAGAAGGUGGUGGUGGUGGAUCACCGAUUGGGGGUGUGGGCGCGGAUGGACGAAUCCCCGUCGCACCAGGUGCCACACGAAUGGGUGGACCGUUCAACAUGGGUGCAAUUUACAAGAGAGCACGUGAGGGUUACCGUGCAAACACUAUCAUUAACGAAGUCUCUGCGCAACCGCAGACCACGGAGCAGCUAGGUUGGCGCCAUUCGGCACUGGAUGUCGAUGAUAACUUGCAUGUCGGCCUCACAGAGAGCAUGGCUCUCCCAUGGCCGGAUACCGGGGCGCAUGGCGCUGCCCUUCAUGCUGGAGAGGACGAACCGGGAUACGAGGAUGAGGAGGACGUGCCCAGAGAAGGAGUUCCAGGAGCGGGUGACGGCGAGGACGAGGAGGAAGGGGGCAUUCAUGUGCAGACUGGAGGUGCCGGGCGUGGUGCGGGGCAUGGAGCUGGAACUGGUCCAGGGCAUGGAGCUGGGAGUGCUGCUGUGAGCGGAGCGGAGACAGUUGCUGGGACAGGGGAUGGGCUCGGUGCUGGAAGAGGUGCUGGGAGUGUGGCUGGUCGUGGCGACAUGAGAGGAGCUGGGCGUGGUGUUGGGAGAGGAGCUCGGGGUGGUGCUGGGAGAGGUGGUAGGCGAGGUGCCGGGAGAGGUGCAGGGAGAGGUGCUGGGAGAGGUGCUGAGAGAGGUGUUGAGAGAGGUGCUGCUGUGAGUGGUGCUGGGAGUGGUGCUGUUGAGACUGGUGUCGGGCGUGGUGCUGCUGGACAUGGUACUGGGAGUGGCCCUGCUGGGCAUGGUGCUGGGCGUGGUGCUGCUGGGCAAUGUGCUGGGAGUGGUGCUGGGAGUGGUGCUGGGAGUGGUGCUGGGAGUGGUGCUGGGAAUGGUGCUGGGAGUGGUGCUGGGAGUGGUGCUGCUGGGAGUGGUUAG